UACAGCUGCUUGUUGCACAUUGUUACACAUAGUUGAGCUGUCGUCGCGCGUUACUGACUUAUCAUUUUUGUUAUCUUGAUUACAGUGAUAUCUAUUGUUUUAUUGGGGAACAAAUCGGCAUGAAUUUAGUGCUGGCAAACUCUCAGAAUGAAUCAGGAAAUCCGACAUAAAUAAUGAUCAAGCAGAUCAAGUGUCGUGUUCGUGUUCGCAGUCAUCGAUAGUGCAAAAGGAAAUCAUAUAAUCAUAGUAAACCCACAAUUUGAUUCCUUCGCGAAACGACACAGUGAGUGUGCAUAUAAGUGAAAGAAACGAGUCAAUUCGAAGAUAAGCAGAAAUGGCCCUAGAGACACCGACAUGGCUGAAUCUAUGCUUCGUGGAGAAGAUCCUGCGAAAGUCAGAAGGCGACAACUCGAUCCAGGUGAUCGAUAUCUUCUCGAAACCGGCCACGGCCAAAGGUGACAACUAUACCAGCGACAUGAUCAGGGUCUCUGCCGAAUUUUCCCGUGAUCAAGGCGAUCGUAAGAUCACAGAGAAAAAAUCAAUCAUCGUCAAACUUUCGCCUUUGAUCGAAGGCAUUCUUCAGGAACUUGUCGAACAAUCAGGCAUCUUUGACAUUGAAAUAAUGAUGAUGUCAGAUACUUUAGAUAAAAUGAAUAAGUUAUUAGAGCCGAAGUAUCGUUUAAGUGGGAAAUGUUUAUAUGCACAAAAGAAUCCAACGCUUUUAGUGAUCGAGGAUCUCGCGCCUCUCGGCUUUCGCAUGGCUUGUCGUCUGUCUGGUCUUGAUCUAGCUCAUAGUAUAUUAGCGAUUCAAGGAUUAAGCAGAUUUCAUGCAACGUCUGUAGCCAUAUGUGAAAAGGAGCCAAAGCAAAAAGAGAUGUAUAUGAAAGGAAUGUUCAAUGAUAUACACCCACCAGAAAUGAGUAAUUUCUUUAUUAUGGGUACAAAAGCUUUGGCAACUGAGAUAAGAAACUGGCCUGAAGGAAAAAAAUACGCAGACAAGAUUGAUAAGCUCGCUGACCACGUAUAUAAAAUAGGAAUAGAUGCGUGCAAACUCUCUGAAGAUGAAUUCAACGUUAUUAAUCACGGUGAUUGUUGGGUGAACAAUAUGUUGUUCAGAUACGAUAAUGACGGCAAUCCUAUUGAUCACAUUUUUGUGGACUUCCAACUGUGCGUCUACACAUCACCGGCGCUCGAUCUGCUCUAUUUUCUCAGUACAAGCCCUUCCCCGGAUGUCAUUGAAAAUCACAAACAAGUUUUAUUAGAUGAAUACCUUAAAACCUUGUCGGCAACUAUGAAGCAACUGGAUUGCAAAACACAGCCACCCACUAUGGAAGAAUUAAAGACUACUCUAAAGCAAAGAGCUAGUUAUGGAAUGAUAGCGUCAUUCACAGUUUUACCAAUGGUACUGUGUUGUAAAAGUGAAGCAAAAAAUAUCGAUGAGAUCAUGAGUAAAGAUGGUACUUUUGUAAAUCCGGGUUAUAAAAGUGAAAGUUAUCGAAAAUUGAUAAUGAAGAGACUCCCUUUAUAUGACGAAUGGGGUUUGCUAGAUCUUUGAUGCAUAUUUGACUUUUUUCUAGAAUAUAAAAAGGAAA